AUGUGUGCGAGCUCGCGAGUUACUGGUGAAGCAGCCGACGAUGUGGUGGAGAUGACGGCGAGCAAGGAGAACGAUCGCGUGGCGAUCAUUGCGCUCAAUCGGCGGACGGUCCGCAACGCGGUGGACGGCACGACGGCCCGGGCACUGCAUGCUGCCUUUCUGGCCUUUGACAGCGACGAUAGCUUUGACGUGGCGGUCCUGACUGGGAGCGGCGGCGUCUUCUGUGCCGGCGCCGAUCUCCAUUCGCUGAGCAACCCGCUGGUCCAUCCCAAGACCGGCGUGGUGACCGAGCUUGCGGGCGUGGUCGACGACCCGACGCUUGGACCUAUGGGUCCGACCCGGCUUACGCUGUCCAAGCCUGUGGUGGCUGCGGUGGACGGCCCUGCGGUGGCCGGCGGGAUGGAGCUGGCGGCGUGGGCCUCGGUCCGUGUUGCGGCGUGGGACGCUGUUUUCGGCGUCUUCUGCCGGCGGUGGGGCGUUCCGCUCAUCGACGGCGGCUCGUUCCGCCUCCCACGGCUUGUGGGUGGCUCCCGGGCAGCCGAUCUCAUCCUCACCGGGCGCCCGCUCUCCGGCGUCGAGGCCGAGGCCAUCGGGUUUGUUAACCGUCUUGCGCCGGCUGGCGAGCCUUCUCUACCGACGGCUCUCGAUCUCGCCUCAGCCAUGACCCGCUCUCCGCAAGCUUGCCUUCGCUCGGACCUCGCAUCAUCACGAUCGGCGUUUGACCCUGCCGAUGCUGCUGAGCUCGACGCGAUUGCCCGUGAGUACGAGCUCGGGCUCGCCACUAUGCGCCAGACUCGACUUGGUGCUGUCGCCUCAUUUGUCGAUGGUGCCGGUCGGGGAGGAGCCCCGAUCUGA